ACGACUAUCACGCUGUAAACAAACUACACACCCAGCAAAAUGCAGCGCGAAAGGAGUGUUAAAGUGAAGGAAGUUAUAACGGCUCUUUGUAGACUUCUCUCAGGAUUGAAUGUUGAAUCGAUCCCGACAGCCGAAGCGUUCAGGAGAGCCAAAUUUAACAGAAUGGAUGCAGCAGUGGACAUGUGGAGUUUGUUAAGCAGUCUACUGCAGAGGGCAUUUGUGCUGGAUUGUGCUUGCCAGGACUCUAAAGACAAAGAUUUUGACACGCAGGUCCUGUUUGUAAGGAGUGCCUUAUGGCACUGUGGUUACGGGGCCUUGUGGGUGGUGGGACCCCAGCCCCCUAGUCACAUAGAAGAAGUGGGAAGCCGAGAUCUGCUUCUAGCAUUGGGCUGGGUGCUGUCAUUUCGAAAUCUGCUGGAGUCCUUGCUGGCAGAAAAGGUUUAUAAGUUAGACACACUCUCAUCUCCACCAAAGGGUAUCAUGCUUGGUCAAAGGAACAUAUUGCCACACGGACCACAAGAAGAAGAGACAGACGCUAUAAAGAAUGAUCAGACACUGCAGAUACUACAGUGGCAAUAUGGGAAACUAAGGCUUCAGUGGAAGAGCUUACUUUCAGCUCAAGAGGAAAGGUCAAGACUCACCCACAGGGUCGUCUCCAAUAUCAACGCCUCUGCUAUCUGUCAGACUAACAUCUCUGGUUCCCAUCACAUCAACAUGACGUCAACUGGACUCGACAAGGAACUGGAGCGAAUACAGACCCUGAACGGAAUUCUGGAAGCUUAUCUGGAUUGGAAACUUCACGAGCCUUUAUUCUACAGCUGGAUGGACAGUGUGAUUGACAGCUCCCUCACCGAUGCAUGCGAGGUGAAGUCCGCCGAUUGGCCACCAGGGGAGCGGGCUGUCACUCUUAAGUGUCCCCACGGCGACAAGGUCAGGAGGGCAGUCAGACGGCUUGACAAGAUGUUGCUGAGGCUGCAGACAGAACUAAGGGUCAGAAGAAUAGAGCGGUCCACUCUCACACUCACCUCACAGGGAAGACAUCAGGAGGUCUCACGGCUCUCUGAAAGGCAAAGAAUAGAGGUGGAGAAGAAGGUUGCAGGCUAUUUGGAAGGCCUCCGUCUCACAAACGCCUCCACGAUCACAUCAAGAGGGUUCCUGCCAUAUCUCCAAGACUGGCCUCCCGCAAAGCCAUCUCACAGGCUCCAGACGGGGGAACCUGGCUUGACUGCGACAGCUGGAAAGCUCCAGGCAUUGUGGGCUUUAAAAGAGCUGAGGGACGGAGAAGCCGUACUGCAAUGGCAGCUGGACAGACUGAGGCAAAAUAUGAGAGGUGAAAUUCAUAAACUUGCCAGCACAAUGGAAGGGGUGGUACUCAUCCCACCAAUCAAGAGAUAAAUACAUUUGGUGACACUUUAUAUACAAGGAAAAUCUUUUAUAAAGUUUGACGGACUGAAGUUUGAGUUCCUAAACAAUGGAUGUAUAAUAUAUAGUAGAGAAGAUGGAAGUUUUACAGUCUGUUAUUACUCGAACCUACUGCACUGCAGUGUGUUUGGAAAUAAAGAGACUUGCUGCAUUCAAGGCUGUUCAUUAUACUCGCAUAAAAAGGUUUAGUUCAAGUACAGAAGAAUAUGAAACUACACUGAAUACAACUCUAAUGACUGACUCAAACAAAUAAGAUGACCUCUAUGCUCGAGUACUCUGUGCAGGAGGAAAUGGUAGACGUUUCAAAUAUUUUUUUAAUGCCUGCCAUUUCUUGGAAGAAAACAGCCUGCGGUUUCCAAAGUAGGUCAUUUUUCUCGAUGUUUUUCAACCUGUAAAGUUACGAUCGAUGUUAGAGAGAUAUCAAACACCAAUAAUUAUCAGCAGAUAUUCUGUACUCCUCAGACACCAAAACAUGGUUUGUGCUCAGCAGUUCAUAAUACAGGAAGAUUUCACCUUUAAUGCUGAGUGUGUUAGUAUACCAGCCAAUACCAGUGUGGUCUCGAUUACAUUUGGAAAGCUGUAAACAAGCUAGGUGUGCAAGAUAACAUGAGUGGUUGGCAACUAGAUCAGCUGGCACAGGCGACGGUAUUAGCUUAUUAAGGAAGUAAUUUCCAACACUGAUUUUUGUUAGGAUUAUAUUCAGAAAUCCUAAUCUAGAUGCUGCAUGACAAGUUCUAAAAGGAUUUUCUCUCCAUUACCCUCCUCCUUCUUAUGGAAGGCCAGAAUUACUGUUUACAAUGUGAAUGCAGACAUGGCGAUUCUGUUUUGCUGCUUUUUCAAAUGAACUAAUGUAUGUGAAAUUUAAGGUUGUGUUUAUGCUGUUGUGAAGAGGGUCAGCCAGUGUCAGAGACGAGAGCCCGUGUGGGUGGCUACAACUUUCAGAAUACUUCUGAAUAUUUGAAUAACAAGCCCUUUUUUCACACAUAUUAUUUACAACGUAUAUCUGUUCCAAAAUCUUUUCGAUGAACAUCGUAGUUCUGUUGAUCAGCACAUUAAUAGGAGAUAUAUAAGUAUAACUGUGCUUUGUUUUCUGAGUUUUGUCUGAAAUGCUCUGUUCUUUUGGUCAGGUAUAAAGAUGCCUACAUCUUUAUUUACAUAA